UAUCAGCUACAUGCACCUCUUGCGUGUGCAAUGAAAAUAAAUAAAUAUGAGGGCAGGUUUCUUAAAUCCAUAAACGUUGGCAGUACUGUUGUAGUCACCAUCUAGUUUCUAGUUUUUUUUUGUUUGCUACUGGAGAACAAUUGACGUCUAGCUUGUAAACAUAGUUUUAUACGAUGUUUGUGAAAGUUAGAGGACCUGGUAAACGAGUCGAAACUGUGACAACCACUUUGUCAAUGCAGAUAAAAGAAUUGAAAGAGAUACUUGCCAAUAUUUUCUCUGUGAAUCCAGAAGAUCAACAUCUGACACACAGACGGAAACAGUUAGAAGACCAAUAUCAAUUAUUCGAUUAUGGUGUGAAAAUCGGUGACCUGGUGUUGUUAACUGUAAAGCGAAUAGUAAUUCAGAAAGAAGUUGUGACAGAAACUAAAGAACCUCUCAGUAUAGAAAAACGUUUGAGGGAUUUGCCUCAGAUAUCAGAGAGUAAACACUUCAAGGUCGGCGAGUAUGUUGACUUUCUGGACACACAUUUUGGAGCGUGGUUUCAAGGCAAAGUUAAAGUUAUUUAUGUGGAGGACCAGGCACGUUUAGAUGCUAUUAGCGAGGAAACUAUCCCACCGACCCAGAGGAAUGGGGAACGGGAAGCUGACUACAGCAACAAAGGUGUUGGUGACAAUACCAAAGAUGCGCCAGCUGCAAGUACCUUACAUAGAGAUUCACCUGUGGAAAUCUCUGAUGAUGAAGUAGUAGAUGUCGUGACAGUUCGAUCGAGUAGCCCCGAAUCGGUAAUUUUCAUUCCAUCAGAAGAAGAACCGGUAAUUUACCUUCCCCCAGGAGAUCCAGAUGUUCAGGUAAUACAUGAACCAGAAAUUCACGUGCCUCCAACAAUCUAUGUUGCUCCAUACUCACGUGGUGUGGGAACAGUUGACUCGGGUGCAAAUACACCAAUGUCAAAUGGAAAUAAACAGGUAGAACUGCAAGAAAUCACUUGUGACCAGUCUUCUCAUAAAAUAUGUGCAGUAAGUGAUACAGGUGGUAAAAGAACAGUUGACUCAGUUGAUAGUACACCGAGGACUAAUGGAAGUAAAAAGGGUGUGCCGCAGAAGAGGACUUGCGGCCGACCUUCAAAUAAAAAAAAAUCUGUGGGUGAUACAAAUAGUAAGAUAACUGGUGACACCAUCGGAAAUACACCAAGGCCAAAUGAGACUAGACACGAAGCACUGCAGAGAGCGCUGCAUGAAGCACUGCAAGAAAUGACUUAUGACCUAUCUUCCGACAGAAUGAAUGGCGUGAGUGAUACAGAUCAUUCUGAAAGUGGUGACAGUGGACAUUCUUCUCAUAUGUCACUCAAGAACACUUCACAAAGCAAUGGAUGGGCAGAAUCUGAGGAAGCUUCCAAUCAGCAAGCACUGCCAGAUGAUGGUUGUUUGUAUGAGAUAAUUAAUCUGAACACCAUCGAUGAGAUAGACAUGUUGUGUAAGCUGUCACAAGUUCGGCCAAUGUCACGUAAACUUCUGGACAUUACAAAGAUUGAAUGUGGCCAGACUGUUUUGGUUAAUUACAGUCUGGAUGGAACAGAUAAAUUGGGUCACUGGUUUGACUUCAAGGUUUCGAAAGUUGUGAACGGUAGUAAAAAGAAGUGGCUUGAAGGUAUCAUUCACGUGCUUAACUGGAAUCCUUACCAGGUGACUGGUGUGAAGAUUACAAAAGUGGACAUGAUAUGGCAGAUUGAGAAACUAACAUUGCGGAAACAAAGAGAAGAUUUGUGCAGUGCUCAUAAUGUACAGAAACGUCCGGUUCGUGCCAUCUGUGACAAUUGCAAUGACAACCCAGCUGCACAGUGUAGAGCUUGUAGCUGUCGAGUGUGUGGCCUGAAGAGCGAACCGUCCAAGCAAAUCAUGUGUGACGAAUGUGACUCGCCGUACCACGUGUGGUGUCUUACGCCUCCACUGGCAGAAGUUCCGGAUGUGGAUCAGUGGUUUUGUCACAACUGCAAUGCCAUCGCAAAUGAGACUCUCAAAGCUGGUGAAGAGCCGAAAGUCAGCAAGAAGAGGGGACGCAAGCCCGCAGUGACGAAUAUCUCUAGUGAAGUGAAGGGCACCUUUCCUAAGGUGAAGACGAGCACUUCUCCUAAGGUGAAGACGAGCACCUCUUCUAAGCCGAUGAGUAUCUCUCAUAAGGUGAAAAGCCCAUCUCCAAAGAAGUCGGAUAUCUUUCCUCAAGUUAAGAGUGUCCAUGCCAUUAGGCGGAGCAUGGCAAAUGCCUCGAGGACAAAAAUGUGUACAGUAGUGCCGUCUAGCCACUUUGGACCUAUACCGGGGGUGGAAGUAGGAACAACGUGGAGAUUCCGGAUACAGGCAUCUGAAGCUGGAGUUCAUAGGCCACCUGUGGGUGGAAUGCACGGACGCGAGGACAUUGGCGCCUUCAGCAUCGUGCUGAGCGGAGGCUACGAAGACGACGAGGACUUUGGAGACUGGUUUUGGUACACGGGUGCCGGCGGUCGGGACCUCUCCGGCAACAGGCGUACAACUAAUAGGCAGACAUGUGAUCAGACGUUCACACAUACUAACAAGGCUCUCGCACUUAAUUGUAAUACUGAACUGAGUGAAGAAGGAGGGAAAGCUGUCGACUGGCGAGCAGGGAAACCAGUACGUGUACUUCGUAGCUACAAGUUCAGGAAACGCUCCAUAUAUGCUCCUGAGGAAGGCUUGCGAUACGAUGGCAUAUACAAAGUCGUCGAAUAUCUCCCACAUAGAGGAUGUUCUGGAUUUAUUGUCUGGCGAUACUUGCUGCGUCGAGAUGAUCCCACACCCGCCCCAUGGACAGAGGAAGGAAAGAGGUUAAUAGAGUCUCUCGGCCUUCAAAUUGAGUAUCCAGAAAAUUACAGUCCGACACUGUCCGAGAAGAAGUCGGAAAAAAGUUCCAAGAAGUUAGAAAAAAGUUCCAAGAAGCUGAGAGAAAAACCCGUGACGAAUGAGAAUGAAGAAAACAGGUUGCAUAUGAGUGUUAGACCUGAAACUGUGAUGAAUGAGACUGAAGAAAACAGUUUGCAUAUAAAUAUUAAAACUGAACUGUCUGAAAAUUAUGCAAGCAUAGAAGAAAGCCACAUGAUGGAUGAGAAUGAAGAAGACAGUGUGAAUAAAAGGAUUAAACCUGAACCAUAUGAAAUUGAUCCAAGAAUAGAAGACAUCAUUGCUAAGGAUGAGCAAAACAAGGAGCUGUGGCAGUACUGCAGCUUUUAUCUUAGAGAUGGGAAGAUGAAAUACCUCAAAGCUAUUCAGGAGAAUUUUACGUGCAUCUGUUGCCAAGAAUUGUUGUACCUGCCAAUAACGACACCAUGCAGCCACAAUGUAUGUUUGGGAUGUCUGCAGAACUCUUUCCAGGCAGAAGUGUACAAGUGCCCAACAUGCAAGGGAGACUUGCCUGACAGUUUCCCAUUUGUUGUGAAUGAACACUUGUUUGAAGCCCUGAAAGCAUUCUUUCCGGGAUACAGACCCAGCAAUGGGACAGUGCUGCACUACAGUUGAGCUUCAAAGAAGGCCACGAGCAGGAUAGAAUCAUCAAGUAUUAAAAGGGCUGUGUUGUAUAGCUUAGGAGUUUUUGUGCUUGACUAUAGAUUUAGUUGUAAGCAUUUCGUGUCAUUUAUAUUGAAUUUUAAAACAAAUGUAAAACCAAAUGUCCCUUUGAAUGUGUUGCAAGUGCUGAGAAUUUCUUUCUCAUGUUGUGUACUAUUACUGGAGUGAUUUCACUUCUCAGAUUUUUAAUGAUUUUAGUUCAGAUUUGCUAUGUUUGUUUGUGUUACUGUCCAGUUAUAUGUGUACUUGGCUAUCUAUUGUACCAAGAAAUGCCCUGUUCUGUACAGGCAGUUCUAUAUUGAACAGUGUAGACACUAAUUACCAGUACAUUGCUUAUUUUAUAGUUGCUAGUUUUUUGUCUUACGUACCGUUUCUGUUGUUCAUUACUUAGUUCUACUGUGCUAAUGUCGGGACUGCUUUAAUAAUUAGUUAUGAAGAGAUCAGUGUGUUAUCUUUCAUUAAUAAUCUUUUUUGUAAUGAAUUUAUUGCUAAAGAAGCUUGAAUCAAAUGUUACAUUGCUUUUAAUGUAUACAUCUUAAUUAUCAGUGUUCAUAUAACACAUGUAUUUUUGGUUAAUAUUGUGACUGUGAUGAUAAGUAUAUUGUUAAUGCUAUAUUGCUGUAUGAAAGGCAUUGCAUGCAUCAUAAAUUUUGGAAAUGGUGGUACAAAAUAGCUAGUGUGUUUCCAUGGAUCCUUUUAACUUCCUCGGUAAUAUAAAUAAUUUAUAUGUAUAGAGUUUUGUGUAGCCUUGUGAAAUUUUAAAAAAUCUCUUAAAUAAAAUAUUACUUGAUAGUAUGUGUGUAGCAAUAAUUGUAACUACAUAGUAUUUUAAUUGAUAUUACUGAUGUAUAUUCAUUUUUCUUUAUGAAAUAUUGAGUAGCCAUUCUUCUGGUAUGCUUCAUUCUGAAGAAUUACAUUUUAUUCUUUCAUUUUGAUGUAUCAGUAACUAUGAUUUGUAAUCAAAUUUUAGCACCUUUCUUGCCAUACUUUUCCUUUGGUCUGUAAAAAUAGAGUGGCAGCUAUAUCUACCACCUCUCAUAUUCCAGGACUGAUUUUGGAAGCAUACUUUUUAACAGACUAAGUUGUCACCUACUUAACUUUCAAUUUAUCCUUAUUUGUACUCACUGCUCUACAUAGAUAUAUUAUGGUUGUGCCAACCAGGAGCAUAUUUUCCCUACAUAUGUUUAUAAAUAUGGUAAAAAUAUUGCUAAUUUCAUACAGAAAUCUCUCUCUUCUCUGUCUCCCCCCUCUCUCUUUCUCACCCUCUCCCUCCUCUCUCUUUUUCACCCCCCCCCCCCCCCCCCCCAAACAGUGCUACAUACAAUGUUCCAAAAGUGUAGUAUUUAUUCAGGUAGUAGCACAGUUGCAGACACGGAAAUGAUAUUUAUUACUUAGCUGCAAGGUCUUAUAUACACAGUGAUUUAACAGAGAUCUGAUAUUUUUGAUUUUUUUAUUCUUUGAUUGAUUUAUAUUGUAGGUUAUUUAAGAAAUGUAUGGACACGACAAUGAGUUAUCUUAAAUAUUCACAUGUGCUAACUCGAUUGCACAAGGGAAGGGGCGUAGUACUUAAUAUUUUUGGCAGAGAGAAUUAUUUUAGCAUAUAUGUUAUGAUAAGAAACAUAUUCUGUAGAAUGAAACUUGUAGAUGGCUCAAUUACAAGGUGUCCUGCUCUGAAUGUUGACACAUGGGACUGACUGCUGUUAUUUUUGGUAUAUAUUAUAUUUCCAUGGUUACAUAUAUUUGUUUGAAAUAUAUUGACAACAGUGUGGUAAUUUACAUCUGCUAGUGUAAAAGAAUCGGGCAGAUUUCAAGUAAAAAUACUGAAAUAUGAAUUUAAAUUCAGAGUAUGCAAUUAAAGAUGAAUAGUUCCACAAAACAGAAUAUUGUAUCAACCUACUAAAUUCUGAGACAGGAAUGACUGGAAUAAGGCCAACGUACAUGUAAAUUUAAAAACACACAAACUCUGGCUUCAGAAACUUCUGAAAAUUGCCCUACUCCAGUUGUUCCUGUCAGUGUGCAGAGACAGUUUCUCUGUUCCAUACUGUGAUGCUGACUUUUACCUGUGCAGAAGAUACUGACUUAAAUAAGAUGAACUGCUGCUUCGAUUGUUCGUCAUCAGCAUCUACUGUAUAUAAUGCUCAGACUGUACCAUUUACGAAGGGUAGUCAGAAAGUGAGUUACACUUGCAUAUUAUCGGCCUAUAACAGUUCAUUGGUAAGAGCAUUAUACCACAGAUGGUACACAUUCACUAAUCUGCUUCUCUAUGUACUGUCGAAAGGAAAAUGCACUUAAGAAAACUGUAAAAUUUGGCACUAGCCUGUAAGUUCAGGAGGCAAAAUUCUUAGUAUGGCCAUAAACACACACAGAAGUUAAGAAACUAUCACAGCUUUCAGAAAUAUGUGUCUGUAGGGAGUGCUAAGAAUUUCUUUCCCUGAAUGCAAGGACUAGUCCAAAAUUCUAUCCUGGAAUUUUGUGUUUCUCUAUGUAAUUACGCAGGUUCAGUAACUGUAUUAAAUGUGUGCCAGAAUGUAGCACUGAGCAUUCCGUGCCCUCCCAAUAGAAAUCUGUGCAAUAUUGUAGGUGGCAAUAGGGUCCACAUCCACCAUAAACCAUGCGAAUGCUGCGCUGGCAUUGUUUGGACUAAAAUAGCUCUGUACCUUGAUUUCAUUGUUCCACAUUUUCUGUCAUUGAGGCAUUUUGAAAUUUUUGUGUAGUGAAACACAUGAAAAUGGUCACACUCCGGUUUGAGCCCAAGCACCCACGAAACAAAAUGGUGCUAAAAACAUAGGAGGUUCACUGGAGCUCACAAAUGUAGGCAUGGCACCAAGUGUAUGUAGAGCUAAAGUGAAAGAGUAUGCCACUCACGAACGUAAGAACUGAUCGGACUGCAUAUAGGGAUGUCUUGCAAAUCUGGAUGCCCGUAAUGUCAUGUCCUUAAUUCUGAAGUCUGGCGGACCUUGUGCUUUUACCAUUGUGAGAUUUUAUGGUAAUUAUGUUCAUCUUGAUGAGUUGUACUGAACAAAAAUUUGAAAAUGGCUUCACAGCUGAAAGUUUGCAGCAACGAAACAAAAAUAAAGUAAAAUGCAUCUUCGUAUUUUCUUGGUGUAUUGACCGAUCCUUAGAGCGUGGGUGUCAUCUGCAAAAAGCUCCAUUUCUUCAACUGGGAUAUCAGCCUUGUGGUCAUCUUUUGUCUAAGCCAAACGAAUAAAGGUAAAGCACUUGCACCCAUCCUUUUAAAGCCGAGUGCCAUACCACUGCGCUUGCAGUCACAGAUACGUGGAGAUCAGAUGUAUUGCUCACCAGCAAAGAACUUUUUACGAAUAGAAUCUGUGGGUAGACACUCGAUCUGCCAGUAGUACCUGAGCUGUAGCCACAUCCUAAUUAAAUCCUUUGGCAAGCUAAAUUUCACUGCUUAAUUGACCACAGAGUCCCAGAAUGGUGAAGUUUGUGCUAGAAUUUUGACUUGGUCAAAUGGUAUAGAAUGGCCAGUAUCAAUGCAAUCGUCUGCCAAAUGUGAUUCGGUGGGUUGUAAGAGCCGGGUUUACCUACAGUUUUCUGAGCAUCUCUCUCUCACGGGCUGUAUGCAUCAGCUGCUCAAUGUAUCAAAAUGGGCUACACGUUUCGUCUGCCCAAAGCAUGAAAGGAUGUGGCAGAACACUGCAUCAACACUGAACACUUUACACUGUUUGACAGUGUCAAAAUUCUAGUGUUGACUUCACUGUUCAGGAAGCCAGUGGUGAAGUAAGCAGUGGAAAUUCAUUUGGUGGAUAAUUUAGUUUUUAGUGCCUGGGCAAUGUGUGGAACCCAGUACUUCAUUUGAAGAACUCACAGAAUUGUUACAGUGGAAGUUCUAUUGGUGCAUUGAUAUCCAAACAUGGAUCGAGUAUCUAGCCAUAUGGUAACUUGUACUAAGCUUUUUGCCAUCAAAUGGUAUUUCUGGCCCUCGUGUAUCUGUGAUGGCAUACAUAGUGAUCCGGAAGUUGGGUUUAAACAGACUGAGGUGUGUGCAAUAACUUCAGAUGGCGGCACACUCGAAAGGUGGCCAAAAGAUAUACAGCCAAAAUAUUGGUUGAAAAAAAAAGAAAUUCGUACAUAUGAACGUCCUCUGGAAAAUUUAAACCUUCUAGUAACAGGGAGAAUGGCAGAAUAUUAUCGUUCGAGAUCUGUACCUCGAUCAUGGAGCUAGCGUAAGAAGAUAGAUUGCUACUGACAAAUUGGUGACCACGCACCUAUGUAUUAUUUCAAUUUACUCCUGCAAGUGGGAAAUCACACCUAUCAAAGCCUGUGCUGUGCUGGCCUUAUAAGGAGGUGCUGCACUGUCUUGUAAGAGAGCAAUGCUUCUGUUUGUCUUUCUACACACCUUGUUCCACAGAAGUGUGCACAUAGCCUUUAGCAUAUCACGUUACGAUACACAAUUAAUGAGUUCCCCUUUCAGGAUUAACUCACUGUACGUAACACAUUCACAGUCGUAGAAAACUAUUCCCUGUGGGGAGUGGGACAACUUAAAAUUUUAUUUCUAUUGGUAGUGAAAUGUGUGUCUCUCUCCCUUGCCACUGUCUCCCAAUGGUUAUGAUGCAGCUUAAGAACACAUUAUCAUCCACAGCAUAUUGUCCCAGGAAAUGCAUGGUAGUCUCAGACCUUCUCAACUUUGCUCAUCCGGCACAUCUGUCCAACCACUUUUUUUAUGGUGGUGACUGAUUCACUACAGCAGAACCUCAUAUUUUUACAUAUUAUGUAAUACACUUUUGGCACCACUAUGAGACAGGUGUUACUCACUUUCCAGACACUCUACGUAUCUGUUUUUAUACUAUAUAUGUUUUUAAUUGUUAUGUUAGUAAUCAAUAUCAUCAUCAUAUGUAUAUCAGGUGAAUAAAACAUGUUUUUGUACAUAAGAAUUCCUUCUGUAUGUUUGUGAAAGAUAUAUGUCUGUUCAUUGUAUGUCAUAAUAAGAAGUUACCCUACAUUUUCACUUUGAAUAAAAAAAUGAGAGGAACAGAAACUUCUAUCACUUUGUUGAACUGGAUCCAUAUGUAGAAGAAUGCUAAAGACUAAACACUUGUGGUAGCUACUGUUGUUUGGCUUUUUCUACCUGGUAAUUAAAAUUCGUUAACUUCACAAGUGUUUCACUUUAUGGUAAAGCAUCAUCAACAAGAGUUUUGUAAACAUUUUGCAAGCUUAAUCCUUUUUAACAUUUUGAGAGUUACAAAAAAGUUUUGUUUGUGUAUAUGUUUUGUGCACAAGACUUGUGUUUAUUGCUCCUUUUCACAUGUAUUUUGAUUACUACUUGAAUUUCUCUUACCUUUUUUUUAUUUUGCAGUCAUUAUGAGACAUAUUGUUGGUAGUAGUAUCAUAUUGCGUCUUGUCACUAAUGACAGUUCUCUGGACAUUCUCGCUAGUGUUUUGCAAAAAAAAUCUUCUUCCCUCCAGGAGUUCCCAUUUUAUUUCAAGGAGCUUUUCUGUAGUAUUCGUGUGUUUAUAGAAGUUAUUGAUAACAAACCUAGCACCAUACCUCUGAAUUUUUUUAAUCCCAUGUGAUGGGGAAGCUGAACACUCAAGCAGUAGUAAAAAAUGUCCCAUUACAGUAUCCUUUAUAGAUGAGCUACACUCUCCUAGAAUUAUCCCAACAAGCUCAAGUCGACCUUAUGCUCUCAUUCCAUAUUAUGUCACAUUACAGCAUUACGCGUAGAUAAUUACUUGCCAUAGCUGUGUCAAUGAGCACAUUACUAGUACUUUAUUUGUGUAUUACACUAUUGUUUUCCCUUCUCAUCUUCAUCAGCUUUGAUUUCCACACAUUAAGAGGAAGUUGACAUUCAUCAUUUCAAAUAGAAAGUCUGAUCAGGUUGUGCUGUAUCCUCAUACCGGCACUCAAAGAUGACACUUUCCCAUACACUACUGUGUCAUUAACCAACAGUCACUGAUUGCUGAUGAUACCCUUUGUCACAAAGGAAGACGUGAUGUUCAAGAGAACUUACUGGUUUCUGUUGCUUAAAAAGUUCACUGUAUGUGUGUGUGUGUGUGUGUGUGGGGGGGGGGGGGGGUCAUCUUAUUUUAAUAUGUGUGAAAAUUACAGCAGUUGUUUUAGCAGUGACAGUAGGUAUGCUCCAAACUGGGAGGCUUGUGGGAAGAAAGGAGUGCAUGAAAGGCUGAAUGGGUAUGUGACAAAAAGAAGAGUAUGUGUUUGAUUUUUUAAAUAUGCACUUCACCUGAAUUUCAUAAAACUUUGUGCUAUAGGGGCUUCAUACUAAUGCUACUGUAUCUGAUUAAACUCUGUACUAAUCAAAAUGUAAAAAAAAUGUGAUAUGGAUGCAAAAUGUUAACAGUGUCACCUCUUGUGAUAGUUUACCUAUAGCGAAGACACAUCCGGUGGAUAGCCUUCUUAAUCUGUAAUACGCAUAAGAAAUAAAAAGCCAAAUAAAACUUGUUGUAUAACAACUGCUGUGAAUGAUGACCAUUUAAUCAAAUGUAAUAUUUAGUAACAUUUAUGAUUAAA